UUGUCUGUGUCUACAAUGAGCCAGUUAGCACCUGUCAGCACCCGCCCUUUUCAAUAAGGGUUUACAUUCUCUCGGUGAAAGAACUGAUUACAUAUUUUAAUCAUGGCGAAGCACUGGCACAUAGUGUAUCUGUGGAGUGUUUGGUAUUUCCAGACCCUUAAUAUUUCAGCUUUUAACCUGGACACUGAGAAUGUGUUGCAGAGAAAUGGAGAUCCAGGAAGCUUGUUUGGGUUUUCUGUUGCCUUUCACCAGCAGCUGAGCCCUGCCAGAAAGAACCUGUUGCUGGUUGGAGCUCCACAAGCAAAACACCAGAACCAGGUGAAUGUUACAGGUGUUGUUUACAGAUGUGAUCUGACUAUAACAUCUGAGCGCUGCCAGCCCAUUGAGUUUGAAAGUGAAGAGUUCCUCAAUAGUAAAGGCAUAAACGGCCAGUGGAUGGGAGUUAGAGUGACGAGCCAAGGUCCUGGUCAAAAUGUAAUGACUUGUGCUCAUCGAUACCAGCAGUGGAGCCCGAGUCCAAGCGUGAAUGUCCCUCGUCUGGUGACGGGUCAGUGUUAUCUCUUAGGAGAUGACCUGAAGGUUGGGAAGGAAGAGAGAAAAUGGAGGAGGGUAGUUUGUGAUUCUGAGCACCUAACCAGACGUCGCAAGGACCAUGAGUGGUUUGCAUACUGCCAGCAGGGUCAUGGAGCAUCUUUUGCAAAGGACAACAGAUCACUGUUGUUUGGGGCACCCGGCGCUUAUCAGUGGAAAGGAAUUGUACGACUGGAGCUCUUGGACAACCUGGACAUCUUGAGUGAAGAUACUCGUGAAACUGGGGACAUAGACCUGUUUAAUAAAAACCUCAUUCCACUCCAGAGAAACAGCUACCUGGGAUUCUCCAUUGACUCUGGUAUGGCCCUGUUCAGAAAGGGUGAGCUGACGAUUGUAUCAGGAGCCCCCCGAGGAGGCUACAGCGGCCAGGUGACAUUUCUUAAGGCAGACCCUAUGGCAAAGCGAAGUUUGUCUGUGGAGUUAGUCCUCUCUGGUCCAGGCCUGGCCUCCUCCUUUGGCUAUGAUGUGGCAGUGGUUGAUUUAAAUGGUGACGGAUGGGAGGACCUUGCUGUAGGAGCACCAGAGUUCUUUGUCAAAGAUGGUUUGGUUGGAGGAGCCGUCUACAUCUAUAUCAACAACAAAGGAAAAAACUGGGAGGAUAUUGUUCCAACACAGCUUCUUGGACAUAAAGACUCCAUGUUCGGCCUUGCAGUGGAAAACAUAGGAGAUAUCAAUCAAGACGGUUAUGGAGAUAUUGCUGUGGGGGCACCAUAUGAUGGUUCAGGUCAGGUAUAUCUCUACUGUGGCUCAUCAGACGGUAUCCACAAAAAGCCAGCACAGGUACUCUCAUCAGGAUCCAAUAAAAUUAAUCUGUUUGGAUAUUCUCUGUCUGGCAACUUGGAUGUGGAUGGCAAUCAGUACCCUGAUUUGGCUGUGGGAUCUCUCUCAGAUUCUGUUUUUGUUUACAGAGCAAGGCCAGUGGUCACUGUCAGCCACUCUCUACAGGUGACACCAAGUGAAAUAGACAUCACAAAGGAACAGUGUGAUAAACACACAUGUUAUUUUGCAGUUCAGGCGUGUUUUACCUACACAGCACAUCCAGCAUCGUUCAACCCCAAACUGAUGCUCAACUACACCUUUGAGGUUGAUGCUGAGAAGAGGAGAGCGAGGCUUCCUCCCAGAGUCGACUUUCUGGGUUCGUCUCGAGGAAAACUGGAGCUGGCACUACAGGGGACAACAAUCUGCACUGACACCGAGCUCCGACUUCUGCGUGAUAUCAUGGACAGGCUGCACAGAAUCCCCGUGUCUGUGUCAGUAUCUCUGUGGAGUCCCAGUCAGACAACCAGGACGAGUGCAUAUCUGUCCAACAUAACUCCUGUCCUCAACCUCUACCAGAAGAAGAGCAAUGUCUCAGAGAUCGUCCUAAUAAACAAGGGCUGCGGCAGCGACAAUAUUUGCCAAAGUAACCUAGAGUUACAAUACAAGUUCUGUUCCAGAAAAACACAAAAUGAUCAAGAUGUUUUCAAGUCACUAUCCAGAGAGGAUGGUGUAGCAGUCAUCACGCCCUCUGAUGAAGACAUAGCCUUAGAGGUCACUGUGACUAACAGAAACGGUGAUGACGCACACCAGAGUCACUCAAUCAUCUUGCUCCCAGAUUCUCUUCAUUACUCCUCUAUUGUUUACAGUACAGCAGCUGAAACACAAGUGAGUUGUACAGCCAAUGCCAAAGGAACAGUAGUAGACUGUGAACUGGGAAACCCACUCCAAAGAGAUGCUGAAGUUACGUUUUAUGUCAUACUCACAACGUCCAGCAUUUCACUGAGUACAAAAGACAUCAACGUCACCAUGCAACUUGAGACGACAAGUGUGCAGACCAUACAACCAGUCGAGGCAUUAGCCAAAGUGGUUUUUGAGCUGGAGCUGCAAGUAUAUGGACUAGCCAGGCCAUCCCAAGUGUCACUUGGCGAAACCUUGAUUGGUGAAAGUGCCAUAAAAUCAGUGGAUGAAAUUGGAACCCCAGUUCGAUAUGAAUUUAGGAUAAUCAAUUUGGGCAGACCACUCAAAUCUUUCACCAAUGCUUCACUAAACAUCUACUGGCCAAAGGAGAACGCUGUAGGAAAAUGGCUUCUGUACCUGACUCAGAUCACCAGUGAAGGCGUACAGUCUGUCUCCUGCUCGCCUGUAAACGAAAUCAAUCCACUUAAACAUGUGAAGGGUUGGCAUGAUCCCUCGAGGAAAAGACGUGAAGCUGAAUAUGAAGCCCUCUCUACUGACGGGUUUCUUUCAUUUCUUCCAACAAGUAGGAAAUACAAAACCUUGACCUGCUCAGAUGGACUCAAGUGUGUGGAGAUACGCUGCCCUCUGCUUGGUCUGGACAGUACUGCAGUGAUGGUUCUGCACUCACAACUCUGGAACACCACUUUUACUGAGGAUUACAGCUCUUUGAAUUAUCUUGACAUUGUUGUGGAUGCCACCCUCAGUUUAAACAACUCUCCAGAGAAUAUUGGACUUAAACCGGAGAAGCCUGAGACAAAGGUAAAGCUGACAGUGUUUUUUGAGAAAAAGGCUGAAUACUUCACCAAAGUUGCCUGGUGGAUAAUCUUCUUAACAGUCAUUUUUUUGCUCCUAUUGUUGGCGGUUUUUGGAUACUUAAUGUGGAAGCAUGAACGUAUCAACUGUCUCGCACAUAACAAGAAGCCCUCAUACAAUAAAGAUCCAGAGACUGCUCCUCUAAAAGGCUAAAAGGAGACACUGAGGGCGUCCUGAUGCCUCAGUGGUAUGAGACACUUGUCAUGAGCACAAGAAGUUGAUAUUCUCUAUCUACUACUACUGCAGAAUUACAUGAUCAUAAGUGAUUUGCAGGGACAUACUUGAUGCAGAACUUUAAAAAAAAAAAAAAAAAAAAAAAAAAAAUACUGUAACUGCAUUUAACUCAUUUGUAAAGGUACAACUGAAAUAUGGAUACUUCUUUUUUAAUGACUGCACAUUUUUGGUUGAUUUUGUAAGAACAAAAUAAAAUGAAAAUAAAAGGGGAGAGAAAAACAUA